CCGAAACGGUACGAGUCGGUUCAGAAGAUAUGAAGGCAGUAGGGGGAGGACUGAACUCUGAGAUCUCAAAGUUACAGGAGAUGGUGGCUGAGCUGAAGGCAGAUUUCUCCUCCGCCCUGCUGGAGCUGAGCAGAAUACAGCACAGUGACAGCUGUCUUCAGCAGGACAUCGAGCAAACCAGGCAGCACUGCAGCCAGCAGGCCCUUCAGCUCCAGGCCCUGGUGUGCAGCCUGAGGCACGAGCUCGGGGAGGCAAAGAGUCAAAUCACACAACUCAGUGAUCUGCAGCUGCAGCUGAAGCAAGGACUGGAGGCCAUCCAUUUUGAUAGAAGACACAUCCCGGAGACUUCAGCCCAACAGAUCAACGGAGAGAGUGGAGUGAAUGGCCAGUGGGAACUCUCCACACUAGGUCCAGCACCCAGGACUCGGCUUCUACUGCACUGCUAUCUCCAGGGGGUCAGAGCAGGACACUGCCACGGCCAAGACGUGGCCUGCUUUGGUCAGGUGUCUCAGAGCGUCUCUCUUGAGCUCAGCUCCUCCCUGACCCCAGCCUGCGGGGUGGGCACCCCCUCAGGACACACACCACAUAAUCCCCUCAAGGCCCCGACCAGGAUGCCCCCUGCCGCAGCUCCAUGGCCAGGAGGUGUCCUGCAGUCCUGCUCUCACCAGGACAGGAGGCAGCAGGUUGCUCUGGCGUUGCUCCAGUCUGAGAGACAGUACGUGUCCAGCUUGUAUCAGCUUCAGACUCUUUAUAAAACAACUCCAUCACCCCUGCCAAAGACACGGGAGCUCUGUCAGGUGUUUCUUGUAAACCUGGAGCAGUUGCUACAGUGCCACCUACAGGUCAGAAACUCUCUGGAGGAACGCAUCUCUGUCAGCGGCGGGCAGUGGCAGGGCCUUGUGGGAGAUGUGUUUGUCAAGCUCACAAGCCGUGAGUGCAACUUUUCGGACACCUACCUGACAUACCUCAGGAUGGUCCCUCUAGUUCUUUCAGAGCUUCUCGAGUCAGAGAGUGACAAGAUGGCCACACAGGGCAGACUGGGAGAGAAAGAGGAGCUGGAGCUGGUUUCUCUCAUCCUGAUGCCAGUCUCAAGGAUUCAUAGCUACCUCUCACACAUCCAGAGUUUGUUUCGAUGGACAAGCAGGGAGCACCCUGACCACUGUCUGCUAUUGCUCAGUGAAAGGACAUUGAAACAUUUCCUCUCCCGCUGUCAGGCUUUGAUCAAUGAUACCACCACACAAGCUGGCCAGGAUGUUGGUGAACUCAGGAGCACCAGCGGAUUCCCUACUGAGAACAGCACCAGGGCUGGUGAGCUGAGCCCCAUCCUGAGCUGCAGCAGCAGUGCCAGGGACAGCGGGAUACAGUGUGAGGAGCCCUGCAGUCCUACGUGCCGAAGCGAACUGCUGUCUGAACUGAACUCUGCAGUGCACUCUGGGAAAGCAGUCCCCUGUCUGAGGAGCCCGGGUUGGCAGAAGAGCAGUCAGGGCAGGAAUCUACAGCCUCUCUCCACUGUGGAAUCUUACAAACCACAGAGCCUUACCUCCAGUAACACAGAACAUACCAGCUUCUCACACCAAGGUGGGGCAGAAAGGCUGACACACUCCGACACAGCCACAUAUUCCAGCUGGACUCGGCAGCCCCCGACUUGCCUUGGAAAGGGGGCAGGGAGCUGCAAGUCCAUCAUGGACAAGGCAAGCUCGGAGGGGCCUGACCCUGACUUGAACGAUUUUGCGGAUGCCUCAGUUUUUGAUUAUUCCUCCAUCACCUCCUCCAGUCCCGACUGGACCACUGGGGAGGAAGAUGGCGUCUGGGGCAAAGGUGACCUUGGUGUGCUUGAGGAUAAAGCUGAAGAGCAGGUGUCAUUGAGGACACAUUCCUUCAAGCCAGUAAGGGCCUCUCAAAGAGAAGCCUCCCCAAUGUGCAGAGAAUCUGGGGCUCCGUACACUGAAGGACAUAUGUUUGAAUAUUCUGACGAGCUGCCUACAGGGGGCAUUGGCCCAGAGAACUCCAAACAGGCAGAUCCUGCUUUGGCAAGGGCCAAGUUGAGUAAACUCCACAAAGCAGCGAGGGAUCCUGGGAGAUCAUCUUCACCCAGGUGUCAACAAAGCAGAGUGGACCUCAGGUCUUUCCAGGAGGACGCUGUCUUGAAAGCUCAGGGCAUUACCUACAGACGAAGGGAUCCAAAAUGUAAGAGAUCUGCCCCACAUGGACCACCGGAUGACUGUGAAUGCAGCCGGGACAGUGAGGACCCAUGCAGCACUGUGUGACUGAGAUGCAAACUAGCUCUUCUCUCAGGGUCAGCAGUCGAGAAGAGCAGAGCAAGGACAAAAGCUGUUACCUACAGCUUUAAUACCUAUUUAAUAUGAAAUACCUUGAGCUUUUACAAGUUGGGAUUCUGUUUCCCUGCAAUUACUUUUGAACUAGUUGCCACUAUGAGUUAAGGUUAAAUAUUCCUCAUCAGUCUUUGUUUUGCAUUCAUGAUCUUACACGUGCCAGUAAGAUCAAAAGUCCUGCACAUCUGUUGAACUAUAGCGGACUGACAUUUGUCUCUAACACUCUACCUGCACUAAAGCAAUAAACUUGUAGCACCUAAGAAAAACAUUCA